GGUCGUAGACACGCCGAGACACUGCACUGCACUGUGUGCGUGCGAGGGUAUGCGUGGCGCGAUGUAGUUGCAUCGGUGGAGCGCGCAUAGUGCAGUCCAGCGGAUGCACAUCAUCCCUCGUUGUAUGUGUGUGUGUGUGUGCACUGCACCUAUCUCUAUCUCUGCAGGCAGUAGUUCGCCCCCUUACCACGCCCGGGUGUCUUUCCGAGGCUCUCUCCGCCAACUGCGGGGGUAGGCAGGACGACGGCGCAGGGCAUCUUCCGCACGAAAAUCCUUGAAAACCAAACUCAAAAAGAUAGAUUUAAGAGUCACGUUGGACAUUAAAAGGAUUUCGUGGCUCGGGUUCGACCCGCAGCACGAUGCGCCCGGUCGUCGUAGUUUUCAUCAUCGAACUGGCACUCGUCAGUGCUCAAGGUUUACAUCCCGAAAUAAAAAGUUUCGAAGCGAAUCCUGACACAAAGAGGCUGUACGAUGAUCUAUUAUCCAAUUACAACCGACUCAUUCGGCCAGUUAUUAAUAAUACCGAGACUCUCACAGUUUGGCUGCGGCUCAAACUAUCCCAGCUGAUUGAAAUGAACCUGAAGAAUCAGGUGAUGACGACCAAUGUAUGGGUUGAGCAGAAAUGGUUCGAUUACAAGCUGCGCUGGGAUCCGGAGGAGUACGGCGGCGUCGAGAUGCUCUACGUACCGUCGGAGAAUAUAUGGCUACCAGACAUCGUCAUGUAUAAUAACGCCGACGGCAAUUACGAGGUGACGUUGAUGACCAAGGCGACUCUGAAGUACACGGGCGAGGUGUCGUGGAAGCCGCCGGCGAUUUACAAGUCCUCGUGCGAAAUAAACGUCGAGUACUUUCCCUUUGACGAGCAGUCCUGCUACAUGAAGUUCGGCUCCUGGACCUACAAUGGCGCACAGGUGGAUUUGAAACACAUGGAACAAGUGCCUGGUAGCAAUCUCGUUGCCACGGGAAUUGAUUUGAGCGACUUUUAUCUGUCGGUCGAGUGGGACCUGCUCGAGGUGCCGGCAUCCAGAAACGAGGAGUAUUAUCCCUGCUGCAAGGAACCCUAUUCCGACAUAACGUUCAACAUCAAGAUGCGAAGGAAGACGCUGUUUUACACGGUGAACCUCAUCAUACCCUGCGUCGGCAUCACGUUUCUCACGGUGCUGGUGUUUUACCUGCCCAGCGACUCGGGCGAGAAGGUGUCGCUCUGCUCCUCGAUCCUCCUCUCGCUCACCGUGUUCUUUUUGCUGCUCGCCGAGAUCAUCCCGCCGACCUCCCUGGCCAUCCCUCUCCUGGGCAAAUAUCUGCUCUUCACCAUGAUGCUCGUCUCGCUGUCCAUCUGGAUAACCGUGUGCGUGCUCAACGUGCACUUCAGAUCACCGACGACGCACAACAUGUCGCCCUGGGUGAGGAGCUUCUUUUUGCACUGGAUGCCUCGUAUGCUAAUGAUGAGGCGCACCCCCUACUCCCAGCCCGAGUACGACGACACUUAUCUCGAUAGCGGCUACACAAACGAGAUGGAUUUCAGCAGCUUUCGAGACAGUAUAAGCGAGUACCAGUCCGAGUCCAAGGAGAGUCCCAACGGCUUCGAGAGCGUCACCGUGGCCUACAAGAAUAUACGGGAGGAGGAGAUACGACACGCGCCACACGACUCCAUAACGGACAGCGAAAACAUGAUCCCGAGACAUUUGUCGCCGGAUAUCAUGACUGCUCUGCAAGGAGUGCGUUUUAUUGCUCAGCAUAUCAAAGACGCGGACAAGGACAACGAGGUAAUAGAGGACUGGAAAUACGUUGCCAUGGUAUUAGACAGAUUAUUUCUGUGGAUCUUCACGCUGGCGUGCAUAAUAGGAACCGCGGGAAUAAUCGGACAAGCUCCAAGCCUUUAUGACAUGAGAGAGCCGAUAGAUAGGCAGCUUUCGAGCAUACCCCUGCGCAAGGGUAACUAUAUGCUUCCUCCUCAACCAUUUUUCGAUAAACCUAAUUAUUGAUGGAGAGAAAAAAAUAAGGAAAAACUAAACCCGCACAAUUAAAUUAAAGCGUCAUCAUCCAAUGCCAAGAAAUGUCAAAUUUUGCAUUUUUUUUAAUUUUUCUGAGUGAAAAACGCACAAAAACUUGAAAAAAAAGAAGAGCCGACUUAGAAAUUUCAAGAUUUCUUGUACGAAUUUCAGAAUUAUAGUUAUAUAUAUAUAUCUCAAUACAAACAUGUAUAAUCCUAAUUAAUUAUAAAUUACAUAUAAUUAAACAGUA